AUGGAUUUGAAUGCUUUACCGAAUGUCUUGCACGACUUCUGCAUCACCUCUGUUAACGUCGACUUAAUCGAGGAACCGAAUACUGGUAUUGUGGCCUACGUCAAAACGUUCGAGGAACCGUGUCGUAUCAACAUCAAACGAGAAGUAGGUGCAGCAGACUUCAACACUCUCAAGUUAAUUGCAACGGCGCUGGUGUCCUUCUUUAACCGUCUGAAUUGGAGCGACGGCACUGACGUAAUUGGAGAACGCCUGACCCAUCUGCUCUUUGCAGACGACAUCGGCAUCUUCACCGAAGGCGCUGCAGAAAUCUAA